UCCCGGAGUUAUCCAGUCCGAUUGCUUGCGAUAUAAACGCUACGAGCAAUGUGUAUGUGGCCACGAGUGAAAUUAGGAUUGAUCCGGGAGUUGAGAGUUGUAAUAGCAGUGUUAUCGAGCCGGUGUUUGAAUCGGCGGCUCAGGUUGUUGCAGGUGGACGUUGUGAGGUUAAUUCGAGUGAGAGCCGCUUCGUUUGCUUUUGUUUUGAUAACCAAAUACUGCAUGUUAAACCAGACCAGGUACUUAGUUACGAUACAAUUAACCAUUCUUCUCAAUCUUUCAAUAAUUGGAAGUAGAAUUAAAAUCUCAAUAUCCUAUAGUUUCAUGCUUAAUUGAUAGGGCAAUAUUUCAACAGUACUUAAAUACGUAGCAUUAUUGAGUCCCAAUGUGAAAUUUAUAGAUUGAUAGUUUGUAACUAUCAAUAACCUCAUUAUUGUUUGAAAAAAAACAGUAAUCUUGCUACAAGACUCUCUCCUAAUGAACAAUAUAGAUGGGUAGGUAGAUGGUAGCAAAGUUUAAAGUCAACAUCAACAUCAUAAUAUGUCUGUAGCAUCUUGAUGUUAUAUGAGAUGAAAUUUGAAAUUAGCAAAAGAUGCCACUAUAUGUAGAUAUAUAUAGGUUGUCUUAAUGUGUGGAAGUAAAGUAGAUUAGAAACUAAAAAAGCGGUGGAUGUUCACGAGAGAACAUAUACUUCUUUGGUACAAGGUUUAGCUGUAGAUGCACUCAACCGCAUCCUUCAAUAUAGUGAUAACAUCUAUGCAUAACCUAUAUGUUGUGCAUUAAGUAUAGAAACUAUACAUUAAAAUGGAAAGCGAAAUUCAAAACUUGUAAUAGACAAUAAAACUCAGUGUAUUCUUAAAAUUUUGAAAUUUUUUGCGAUUGUUUUGUUCUGGUAGUCAGUGUUUCUUAAAAUUUUGAUUGGUUCUUCAAAUAGUUUGUCUGGUAGUCAAUGUUUCCAAUUGCUCGUUUUUUGUCCUUUUGUGGUUUAGACUUUCCUAUUGUUCUCUAAUACAUUUUAUAUGGUAAUGUUAUAUAUAUAUUUUUUAUUGCAUCCGUCCCAUUAAAUUAAAUUAAAACCAUCUCUGGUUUUCAAGUUCUCAAGCCUCAACUUUAUUUAUUUAUUUUGAAUGAUGCUGUUUUGGCAUGCCGGGAUUCGAAGUUGUAAAAGAAAUAACUAGAACGUGGUUCUUAGCUAGUUUCACUAGCAAUAUAUCUAUGCCAUUUUAAUAAAGUCUUUUUGGCUAAUAUUUUUCCGGAAAGUGGGGCCGCCUUGUUUGACUGAUUAGUCGGGAUCGCGUAAAUAAGUCCAGUUAAAAUACAUAUGUUCCAAUCGAUAAAUAAUGUUAUGUUUAGACUGGGCCACCUAGUCAAGUUUAGAUUUGACAGCUACAAUUCCCAUUGGAAUCUUCUCGUUGAAAAAAACUACUCACUCCCUGGCUUCUUUCUUUUACUCCAACCUCCCCAACCAAUUUUAAUUAUCAUUCUUCUUUCUACAAUGCCAUUAUUUUCAUUCAUCUCCUAUCUUCGUCCCCUGCUUUUCACCAUCUCCUCUGCUCUCUCUCUCUCUCUCUCUCUCUCUCUCCCCGUUUGACAAAAAAUGGAACCCCAUCAUCUCUACCAAAACCUCUUCAUCUUCAUGGUCACCGUAAUUUUAAUCCACGGUCCAUCAUCUUCAUCCGCCGACGAAUACGACGACUGUGGCAAUCUCUUUGAGUGUGGAGGUAUCCGGGUCAGUUAUCCAUUUUGGGGAUCCAAUCGCCCGGAACACUGUGGCCACCCUGAUUUCCGGUUGAACUGCAGCGCUAACAACGUGGUACUGAUCUCAAUCUCUUCUGAGGAUUAUCGAGUGCUUAAAGUAGAUGUAGAAGCUCGUACUCUGGAGGCUGUAAGAGUUGAAUACCAGAGCGAUGUUUGUCUUGAUAGUCACACACAGCCCAAGAACACCACCUUACAACAGAGCAAUUUAUUUGCCUAUAAUUCAGAUACUGAAGACCUGAGGCUCUUCUAUUCCUGCACUUGGACCCUAUUGAGUAUAACUAUUCCAAUUCCAAACCAAUUCAAUUGCAGUUCAUCUGUAAAUUUCUACUUUACACAAGCCCACAUAGCCGAACAGAAUGUCUUGACAACUAAUGGUGUAAUAGAGAGUCUCCUAGAAAGUUGCUCACAAAAUGUUUGGGUCCCUAUUUUCAAAUCACAAGCCACCAUUUUACAUUCGGCUGUAACUGCUCUACCAAUAGAUGAUGUGAAAAAGGCAGUGAGUACUGGGUUUGGGUCUUCGUGGAAUGCCAGUAUUAAAACUGAGUGUGACGAAUGCCUAGCCCAAAACAAUACUAAUCGCUGCGGCUUCAAUCCUUCUUCGAAAAAAUUCGCCUGCUAUCGAGCUCUAGGUGAUAGCCGAGAAUCUUCUCCUAACCGUAAUUUGAUCAUAGGCAUUUCAGCAGCUGUGGUAGGGCUUCUGAUAAUUUUUGUAAUAUUUCUGUCUAUCUACAAGAGAGAAGCAAUUAUCUUUUGGAAUAAAGAAAAAACAGAGGAGUUUGAUGUGGAGGCAUUUAUAAGGAAUUAUACUUCAUUUGCUCCAAAGCGAUACACUCAUUCACACGUCAAGAAAAUGACAAACUCAUUUACGAACGUGAUUGGGAAAGGAGGAUUUGGUUGUGUGUACAAAGGAACACUACCUGAUGGUCGCCUUGUUGCAGUGAAAGUCCUAAAAGAGUCCAAGCAUAAUGGAGAAGAUUUUAUUAAUGAAGUUGCUAGUAUGGGUAGAACUUCUCAUGUUAAUAUAGUUACUCUUGUUGGAUUCUGUUAUGAGAGGAACAAGAGAGCCUUGAUUUAUGAUUUUAUGUCCAAUGGUUCACUUGAUAAAUUCAUAUUUAAUCAAGAAGAUGGGAAUACAACCCGAUGCUUAAAUUGGAAAACAUUGUAUGAAAUUGCUCUUGGCGUUGCACGAGGACUAGAAUAUUUGCAUCGUGGUUGUAACACAAGGAUUUUGCAUUUUGACAUAAAGCCUCAAAACAUUCUUUUGGAUAAAGAUUUUUGUCCAAAAAUAUCAGAUUUUGGUCUGGCCAAAUUAUGGUUAAACAAGGAGAGUAUUGUGUCAAUGAUGGGUGCCAGAGGAACUGCAGGGUAUAUAUCACCGGAGGUCUUCAGUCGGAAUUUUGGUGGAGUGUCUCAUAAAUCUGAUGUUUAUAGUUAUGGAAUGUUGGUUCUUGAAAUGGUUGGAGGAAGAAGGAAUAUUGAUCCUAGAGUUUCUCAUACUAGCGAAAUUUACUUUCCUUUUUGGAUUUGUGAAGAUGUGGAUUUGGGUAAAGAUUUAAGAGUCUUGGGAGUCACAACAGAGGAAGAAAAAGAAAUAGCAAGGAAGAUGCUGUUAGUGAGCUUUUGGUGCAUUCAGACAAAUCCAUCAGAUCGACCACCAAUGAGUAAGGUUGUAGAUAUGCUGGAAGGAGACCUUCAACAUGUCCAGAUUCCACCAAAGCCGUUCUUGUUUUCUCCGGAAAGAUCCCCUCAACAAUCCACAGAAUCAUCAUAAUAACCAUUUUCAUUCUUUUGUAAUAGAUUUAUGAUGCUUUAGGUUCAACCUUAUGUUUGGUUUCUUUCACUUCCAUAUCGCGGGGAUGACAAAUGAAUUUGAAUGUCGAUCCCGGUUGAUGUAGCUUUCGUGGCUAUAUCUCGUAUAAGUUGAACAUCUAAAAACAGACCCUUGGCAAAUUGGAAAUUUCCACAGGUGCGAUUGUUAGGUGUGGCUUGCAAAGACAUCCAAAGACUAGGAAACAUUCAAAAGAAAUUUGAUGUAAGUUACAUGGCAACUUCCCCAAGAAAAAAGAAAUAAGUAAUGAAUUUAUCUAGUUUUGACUAUAAAUUUUUACGAUGUUACAUUUAAUAAUGAUGAUUUAGACAGUGUUUGUAUGUUUGUUUUAAGAUUUUAAGUUUAAUACAAUUUUAGUACCUUCUAGUUUUAACAUAGUGUUGUAAUUCAGCAGUUUUGCUGCAUAAUAAUAUCAAUUGGUAAGCAAAUUCAUGCAAAGGCUAAUGUAUAGUUAUC